UACUGAUAUCCUUUCUUCCAUUUUCCAGGUAAAAAAUGAUUACCCUGGAGCACAUCGGAUACUUUAUCUUAUUCUUGAUAUUCAUUUACUGGUACACAACCGCAACAUUCAAAUUCUGGUCUAGCCGCGGCGUAGCUGGACCCAAACCUACAGCCUUCAUCGGAAACUUCCACGACGUGUUGUUCAGCAAGAUAUCCCUCGGAGAAUGGUUAGCCAAGUACUACCACGAAUACCCAAAUGAGCCUAUGGUAGGUGUCUUUGUCCGACGAACGCCACUGCUGAUUCUUCGGGACUUGGACCUGAUAAAGGACGUGUUCAUCCGUGACUUUUCAAAGUUCCACGACCGAGGUUUGAAGACCUUCGAAGACGCGGACCCACUGUCCCAAAACUUGAUAAAACUGGAGCACGCGAGGUGGCGCCCACUCAGGAACAAGCUGUCUCCUGCUUUUACCUCAGGAAAGCUCAAAGAAAUGUUCUACUUGUUAGCAGAGUGCGGAAACUACUUCCAAGAUUACCUUGAGCGGACAGUUGCCAAAGAUGAGCCAAUAGAAGUUCGUGACCUGACGGCUCGCUUUACCACAGACGUAAUUGGAACCUGUGUGUUCGGUGUGCAAAUGAACGCGAUGAGCGACGAAAACAGUGAGUUCCGUCGGAUGGGCAAAUAUGUGUUCAAAGUGAAUUCGUUCAAAUUGUUCCGGUUCCGCGUUCGCGAGCUUUUCCCCGCGAUUUACAAGAUUAUAGGGCCUGCUAUGAAGGACAAAAUGAUCGUCGACUUCUUCAUGAACACGAUGAAGGACGCAAUUGCGUACAGGAGGAAGUACAACGUGGUUAAGCAUGACUUCAUCGAUCAGGUGAUGGAACUCCAGGACAAUCCGGAUAAGAUUGAAAUCAAGCUGACUGAUGAAUUGCUGACGUCUCAACUCUUUGUUUUCUUCUUGGCGGGAUUCGAAACCUCGUCGACGACGAUGAGCAAUGCGCUCUAUGAACUGGCCUUGCACCAAGACGUCCAGGACAAAUUGAGGGCAGAAAUUUUGGACACUCUCAAGGCUUGCAAUGGACAUCUUACUUAUGAUGUUAUCAAAUCGAUGAAGUACAUGGAAAUGGUGUUUAGAGAAUCUUUAAGACUUUAUCCACCAGCAACGUUGCUCGUCAGACGCGCCAAUUGCAAAUAUACAUUCUCUGGCACAAAUAUCACGAUACCAACAGAUAUGAAGAUCAUGGUCCCGGUUCUAGCGAUUCAUCGCGAUCCGCAUAUCUAUCCGAACCCAGAAAUUUUUCAACCUGAAAGAUGGACCCCGGAGGGUAAGGCGUCAAGACAUCCGAUGACUUGGCUACCUUUUGGCGCUGGUCCUAGAAGUUGUAUUGGGGCAAGAUUUUCAAACCAUCAAUCAAAAGUCGGGUUGAUAAAAAUCCUCGAAAAAUAUAGUGUUCAUCCAUGUGAAAAAACAGAAAUUCCAUACAAAAUUCAUCCAACUGGAUUUUUAUUAGCGCCAUUGAACGGAAUUCAUCUUAAAUUUUCAAAAUUGUAG